UUCCUAUCAAUGUGGACGCGAGCGGAGUUCCAUUCAUUACGUUAGCUGAAGAUGAACAUACCAAAAGAUUCCAACAUGGCAGUAUCGGAGCGUAAACAAACAGACACGGAUCGAGGCAUCGUGAUUCGAGAUGACUGGCCGGGAUACCCCUUGGAUCUUUUCACUUUUCCAGAGCAUUAUUUGGGGGAUCUUGAGUGCGUCUACAUCCCGCAUGGAAUUAUCAUGGAUAGGACAGAGAGGCUGGCGAGGAACAUCAUGGAUGAUCUUGGCGAUCAUGACAUCGUGGUGCUGUGUGUACUAAAGGGGGGUUAUCAGUUCUGCGCUGACCUGGUGGAACGCAUCAAAGUCCUGUGCUGUAACUCCAGUAAGACCCUUCCUAUGAGGGUGGACUUCAUACGUCUCAAGAGCUACCUGAACGACCAGUCAACUAAAGAUCUCCGUAUAGAGGGAGCAGAGAAUCUUCCUGUUUUGAGUGGAAAGAAUGUACUGAUUGUGGAGGCGAUCGUUGACACUGGAAAGACAAUGAAGACUCUGCUGGAUCAUGUUAAAGCAUUUGGGCCCAAGAUUAUCAAAGUAGCUAGUUUGCUGGUGAAAAGGGUGCCCAGUGGGACAGGUUACAUGCCAGACUAUGCUGGAUUUGAAAUCGCCAAUCGCUUUGUGGUCGGUUAUGCCUUGGAUUACAAUGAAUACUUCAGAGAUCUAAAUCACAUAUGUGUGAUCAGCGAUAGCGGCAAACAGAAAUAUAAGGUUUGAAGGUCUCACUCCUUUGAUCAAUAUCUGAAUGUUGGCUCGGGAGGAAGAGGAUGGAUGUCGAUCAUACAUCACAAAUAAGAUGUUAUCAGACACUUUUUCACAGAAGAUCCUCCUGUUGUAUCUUACGGUCCUGUCUAUGGCUAUGUUUGGAACUGAAUUCCACUUACUACUAAACUGUACAGUAUAUGCCUACUGCCUUUUUAGUUUUUUUAAACACUUUUUAGCUAUUAUUCCACAAUAGUAGUAUCAAGCAGUGAUGGUGUACAUUGUCACAUGGCCUCAUUCCUUCACACUGCAUCACAAGUGCCUACUAUUUAUCAACUUGGAAAGUAAAGAGAUGUGUUUAGUCAGCUUUAAAGACAAAUAAUGAAAGAGAAUAGCAAUGUAUAAAAUUGUGUCUGUACCUAAUUCUGGUUCAUUCAUUACAUUAGAAAUAAAAAGUAAGGGUGGUGUCAAAUGUGGGGUCAGAUGUAAUGUUAAUGCAUGCUAUGAACAGUGUACACAGCACAUACUGUAGAAAUAGUAAAAGUUGCAUGUUACAGUAUGCUAUUCCGAACAUCGCUAUGAAGAGACAUUUAACCCAAAAAAUGAAAAUUCUGUCAUCAUUUUCAUACCCUCGACUUGUUCCAAAUCUGUAUAAAUGCAUUUGUUUGUAUGAACACUGAGAAAGAUAUUUGCAAGAAUGAUUAUAACCAAACCGCGUUUGGCCACCAUUGACUACCAUAGUAGGAAAAAUGGUAGUCAAAAGCGCCUCAGAACUGUUUGCUUUCCAAUAGUCUUCAAAAUAUCCUAUGUAUCUCAAAAUAUAAGAAUAUCAGUCUAUGGUAGUCAAUGGUGGCCAGGAACUGUUGGUUACAAGCAUUCUUCCAAAUAUCUGUCCUUGUAAGUAAUUCUUUGGAACCACUUGUGGGUGAGUAAAUGAAGACAGGAUUUUCUUUUUUGGGUGAAUUGUUCCUUUAAUAGCUGUUUGGAAUAGCUAUGUUCUUCAUACAAGGUGUGUUCAUACUCUUGUGUUUUACCCAUCAUGAAUAGUUGUUUACUUAUGCUGUCAUAAUUUAAGCUUGGUUGUGUAUAACACUUGACACAGCAAGCUCACUUUUCACCAGCAGAUUUUUUCAGAGAAUAAUAUGUGAAUUAGCAUUACAAUUAUUACUCUUCUUUUAUAAAAUGUCGUUUUGUAUUCCAGCAUUUGUCAUAAUGUUUACAUUUUAUAAUAUUUUCAUGUAUUUUAACAACAUUAAAACUGAAUGGAUUCGUA